CCGCGCAGCCAACGAACCAACCACGACCUGGUCUUUGCUUAAACUCCAAGUCCACGUCGCCGGCAGCCAUUCAGUCCGUUUCGUUUCGUAAACUCCCUGGGCCUACCCGAGCAGCAGGAAAAAAAACAAAACUCUUCCCGCGCAUGCAGACUUGUCGGAACGCUAUUUGACGAUUCUAUUUGUCGAUAAGCUUAUUUUAGCUGCCAGCACUCUUCGCUCGGGCGCUGAACAAUCCUCCCGUCCCGGCCCAGCGACAGCGAACCUCUCCUCCAGCUGACACUCGCUUCCGUUGCCGCGGUAGUGGGGACGCCAGGACAUUCGUGCUGGCCACGCUUCCUGUGCCGCGGAUUGCUACGACACGUUUUGGCUGUGCGUCACACAGCGAACGGCUCAAUUUGAGAGACUCGCCUGCCGGAGAAUCGCUGUCGUUUUUCCCCCUUCGCUUCUCGCCCUUGACGCUACACGUCUGUUCACAGCGCUCUCGGCCGCAGAAGAGUGGUCGAACGACACUCAUUGGCAACGCAUAUCCUUGAUUGGACGAAAAGUCGCCCGACGGGACACUUUGCCCGCUAUCACGAUGUCGCCUGCAACUGGAACUCGCCGAGAGUCGCCCACCCCUUCGGCCGAUCCCACCAACGUGCCUGUCGAGGAGGAUAUCAGCCGCAGCGACAACGAAAGCGGUGGCGAGAAGCCCGUGAGGGAAAAACUACGAGAAACCUCCAUCGCCAACACAAGAGGGCGUGUGCAGAAGAAGCGCAGCCUCGACGAGUUACACGCCGCCGACGACGACACGGACGACGCAAGAGAGGGCACGCGACAUGUGCGCAAGCGAUCACGGGAAGCUGUGCCAGGAGCCGACGUAGAGGUUGAGGAGCCGGCAAACGGUGCGAGAUCAGAACGCUCUGGCACGCCGGACACGGCUGCCGAGCGGACGAACGAGGAGCUUCAGAGCGGCCUGACGAGUCCGAAAGGGAAGAGGUCUAGGGACGAGGCGAAGACAACGGAUGUGUCCGGCGACGUCGCGACACCAUCGGACGAGAGGAAGACAAAAAGAGCAAGGGACAGUGGAAGUCCGGAGCCAGGAACGCACAUGUCUGAAGCCACGGCGUCAAAGAUUCCACCUUCCAGCGGGUUCGCUAAUACGUCUGCUAUAUCGCCAUUUAGUGCAUUGGCUCCCCAACCAGCAGCGAAGCCCGAUGGUGCACAACCUCAAACGUCAGAUGAGAAAUUCAAGAGCUCGGGUUUUGGAUCCUUCGCUUCAGCUACGACGUCUCCAUUUGGCGCUGCAGCGUCAAAGUCAGCAUCGCCAUUUGGUGGUGCUGCAUCGGGCUCGACGUCGCCUUGGGCCUCGAAAUCCGCUACGCCGGCCACGCAACCUAGCGCUUUCGCUGCGGCAGGCAAAGCAACAGGUUCUGGAUUUGGUAAUACGUCGUCCACAUCAGCUUUUGGCGCUCUUGGCGCAUCGAGACUAGGCGGGGGCUUUGGUGGUGGGCCGAGCGCGUUCUCUGGUUUAGGAAGCGCAUCGAAACUGACUUCCUUUGCCGGCGGAUCAGGCCCGACCAUCGAAGGACUGAGCAGCAAGCCGGCCAAAGCAUUUGGGGCUUCGGACGACACGGACGAGGAGGAAGAAGGUGACUCUGACGACGAAGGCGGCGCUGACGACAACGGCCGUAAGAGCCCGCACCAUCUGGUCGAGGGUGAGGUCAAGAAGGACAAGCGGUUUUAUGAGCAACACAUUGAGACUGGCGAGGAGGGCGAGACCACCAUGUUCACGCAGCGUGCGAAAUUGUAUCAGUUCGAAAAGGCAGAGAAGAAGUGGGUCGAACGUGGCGUGGGUGUGCUCAAGUUGAACAUCUCGGAGCCUUCUGCGGACCCAGCAAGUGCUGGCACCGAGGAGGGACAGGUCAAACUCAUGGAUGCACCAGAGGCCGCCAGUGAAGAGGUCAAGGAUGAAGAGGAGAAAAAGUACAAGAGGAAGGUGCACGCAAGACUUCUGCUAAGGGCCGAUGGGAGCCAAAGAGUGGUGCUCAACUCGCCUAUCGUGAAAGGAUUGAAGUUUGGCGAGGACAUGGAGCCCAAGGCACAGACUAUUGUAUUCUUGGGACGACUUGCCGGCGCGCAAGCCGGUGACGCCGGGCUUGAUUUACUUCAACUCAAGAUGAACUCCGAAAGGGCGAAGUCACUUUGGCAUCACGUUCGUGAACUGCAGGAGAAGCUGGCAUGAACUUCGCUAACAGAACGAACGUAUUUGAUUGCAAUGGCCCCCCCGUGCAUGUUCGCCGUUACGUGACGAUCGCAAUCGCACGACUAGAAUCAACGCUCGGCCGUAUUCUUGUUUUUAUAUUUUUGAGAUUGGGUAGAUUUCACGGGUUAGCGGGAUGAAGACACGAAACUAUGCAUGCAUGGCAUAUAAAAGCCCACGGGGUGGUCAUUUGUGCAUAUGGGCUGCAAGCAUCACGAUCAAUGGGGAAAAGGUGCCAAAAAACAUGGAAUUGGACAAACGUAUCGUAGCAUGAGGAGAGUGCGAGUUCGGUAUACUUUAUCGACGUCGUUGCAUGGCGUGCUUUGAGUUCUGUUAUUUUGUCCUAGCAGCAUUCGACGAAACAUGAAAGUGAGUACUUUAUGUCUUGCCUCCUUGGGCCGUGUUCGUGCUGCCACGAGCAAUUUCUUGCGCUGCGCUGACCUAGCCAUUCCAUCGUCGUGAUCUGCCAGCGGACGAGCCUCAG